AUGGAGACCAAACGCCGAGAAUACUGGUACACCAUUUAUCUCACACUUUUCAUACUCCUCCACAGCCGCUCCAUGACGACUAGGAGAGAUAAGGAGUAUGCAUCUUCGAUUAAUCUAUCGGUACAUGUCAUCCUUAGCGCUUUCCUGAGCUUCGUAAACGUGCUCGAACUAAUUAUUGACCAAAGCACUCUCUGCAAUCCGGACGGCAUCACGCAGCAUAACGUUGGCUCCAAGACGCUACUGGCUCAAUUCCACAUGGGCUUGAAAGGAAGCCUUCCAUUCAAGCUUGCGCUGGAGGGGAAUCUCCACGCUGAGCAAUACUCAGGUGUGUUCACACCGAGCGAAAUCGGGUUUAUACGUUGGUCGGCGAUCGAAGCAGCUACCCGCAAACCGGUUUGGGGUCGGAUCCGUGCCUCUGGGGACUGGGCGAAUGAUGAAUACUGGAUCUCUCAGCUCUUUGACGAUGUGUGGUGCCCCGGGCCGAUGGAUUGA